AACCGUAUGGUCGCCGUCACCACUCUGUCCACCAUUGCCUUCACUGUUAACGAAGUGGUCGAUCAGUUCGCCGAUGUCAUGACCAGCAGCUUUGGACUCCCCGGCGGUGUUGUCGUACCCGGAGAUAGAGACUUUCCGCAAAGGCAGCGCUUUCCUCUCAAAAUAGAAGUGAGUAUUGAAUCCAACCAUGAGUUUAGAGACAAUCACUUAAUCAUUGAUUCACUCUUUGAGGCCAACGAAGUGAAGGAAGUGAUGGUUGAGUUCAACAAAGACUUCAUCCAAAGGGUUGUGUCCAAAAUGGAUUGGACUGUCCUCUCGACCACCGCAGCCCAGUUCGGAGUGGAUCUGCCCUCAGAUUUGCCACAAAGUCAGGCCAACGACGACCUGUUGAAGAAAAUACAUCACGCGUUGCUUGAGAUCGAGGUUAUGAGUGGACACCUGGUCUGUCCCGAAACGGGCCGCAAGUUUCCCAUCGCUGAGGGAAUCCCUAAUAUGUUGUGCAAUGAAGACGAGGUCUAAUUGACCGCAUAAUUGCCAUCAAAUAUAUGUUUUGAUAUCAUUUUUAUUAUUUCUUACGAUAAAUACAAAUAUUAUGUGAAAUUUAAAUAUUGUGUUUGAAUCAGAUUUUGAGUAUUUUAUGUCAUUAAAUGCAAAAUUCAUUAAAAUAUA